UUAACGUUGCUUAAUUCAGUUUGAAUUUGUUGUCUUUUAAAAUGUUAUUCUUUUAACCAUUUGCUAAAUUUUAUGUAUUUUACCAUUGUGUUUCACGAUGUUGUCGAGAAAGGAAUUUGUGGCAAUUGUCCUUCUCGUAAUAGCGUUACUUUGCAUACUUAAUGCUGCAGCGUUUGGUCAUAUUGUGCCCACAACCACGAGCUAUGUCCAGCUGGCUCAGCAGACCGUUAGCUCAAGCACGGCGUACAUUUGUAUUUUGUAUGCGCUGAGCACAUGGUUGUUUCACUCGAAUUACUCGGAACCGAGGCAGCAUAUACGCAUUGUGUUUUUAGGAAUGCUGCUGCUCAUGAUAAGCGCACACAUUGCUGUCCUCGUACUGACUUUUAUGGCGCAGUACUACUCGAAAGUGGGAGAGAGCAUUGACCUUUAUGAAAUCCACAGCAAUUUUGGUAUGACCUGCCGUCUAAUCACGAUUAUUCUGACCGUGCUUACGAUCAUACUAUUGUCGCUGCUCUUCGUUUAUUUGCUUGUGAUCUCCGUUAAGAAAUACCAGGAACAUAUGCGUCGAAGGGCAAAUAUUGAAUAGCCGGCGUCAUUACGAAUGUUUUUAUUAUACGUGUAGAGUGUACACUGUGCAUAUUCCAUACAUAUACACAUACAAAAGCUGAUGUGUUUGAAAUUCGUUGUCCUUGCAUCUUCAAAUAUUUUAGUGUCGUUGCAAUGUGUUGCGUCCCAGCAAUAAUAUAAAUAUUAUACUUAUAGCACAGACAAUGACGUACAGACAA